AAACUUUAAUCUAUUGUAGUUUGGCCGUGUCAAUUUCAAAACUACAGUUCCCACAAUGCAGUACUGUGCGUGACGUUGCACGGCUAUGAAAACACGAAAGACGUGUAACUUUUGACAGUUCCGUGUAACUUCACAACUGAAAUCGGGAGUAAUAGUUGACUGACAUGUCAUGAAAUGAAGUAAAGUAAAUGAAUUAACAUCUUUGCUCCAUUAAAAAGUCACGGAUAGAAAUCUUUCUAGGAAAUAGCUGACAAAUAAGUGUCAGUAUGCUGAGCCGAUCUAUAGUCGUGCAAAGUCUCAGGAGUAUUAGAAAUAGGUUUUUUGAUACAAGACGACAAAGAAAUGAGCAAAGUGAUGGUCAGGGACCAGGUAAUGACGUCACGGGCCCCUCUCUGGAUAAUCUGCCGGUUGACAUGCAGUUUAUCAUUAUGACCUUCCUGUCUCCGCAAGACCUCUGUAGACUGGGAGGCACCAGUACAUACUGGCGGUCAAUGGUUCGAGACCCUGUCCUGUGGAAGUACUUCCUGUUGCGUGAUAUGCCGCUCUGGCAGUCAGUUUACCAUUUAUCAGUGCCUCAGGUCAAGCUCACUGGCUCAGCUGUGCUGGAUGACUCUAAGUUGCAGCUUGAUUAUAUGGCCGAGUAUCUUCGUGUUUGUCCGGCCUGUCGAAACCAAUGGAGACACCAACCCAGAGUGUUUGAAUCCGUGACGUCCUUCUUCCAGUCCCUUGUACCAGUUUCAGAGCUGCAGUUUGCCAUGUUGGGCCCGGGGCUCGAUCAGUUAGAGAUUUCCCUCAUGGAUACGAUCAUGUGUUCCCCUCAUGUACUGCCUGUAGCAGGACUACCUCAGCGUCAGAUUGAUGGCAUUGGAUCUGGAAUCAGUUUUAAGUACAAAGAUCAGCACAGAUUAAAUAUUGCAACUUUAUAUUCGACAAACAGGCUGGAGCACCUCAGUCUGCGCAGUAAACUCUUUGUCUAUGAGGACGAUAUUGAGUCCAACAUACCAGUAAGCAUCAACCCCAUGUUUAAUCCAGUUUGUCAAGCUGUGAAUGGAUUCAUCUUUGUGGUCAAUGCUGAGAAAGAAAGAGGUACAGACCAAGGGUGGGAGGAGGAAAGUGCCCAGAUCCGGGUUAUAUUAGACCCUGAGGUGGGUGCUGUGUCUCGCCCUAUCCUGGUGCUCUCCUGUGUGUCUAGAGAGACAGCAGACAGAUGCAGGAUACCUUGUGUGACCGUUGCCCAUCAGCUACAACUCAGCACACUGACCAACCCUUGGAUAGUUCAGGACACAGCUGCAGAAACACUGUCAGGAAUGCUGGAUGGUAUCGAUUGGCUGCUGAGGCACUCUGGAGUCAAGCUAUAACCAAUAGAAAAUCUGAAAGCUGCUGGAUGCAUUAUAAAAGAGGCCUUUUAAUCAUCUUACUACAAGUACAUAAAAGUCACACCAUUGUAAUAGUUGUGCUUUUGGGGGUGACCACAGUAAUACCAUGAAAUUAGUUUACAUAAUUCAGUGAACUGUUUUAACAUUGCACUCUUUUGCACUAAUUAUUUUAGUCCUUUUUUCUUUU